AUGGCUCGUACCAAGCAGACCGCUCGCAAAUCUACUGGUGGCAAGGCCCCACGAAAGCAGUUGGCAACCAAGGCCGCUCGCAAAUCCGCACCGGCCACAGGAGGAUCGUCGGCUGUGAUGGCUCUUCAAGAGGCCUCUGAAGCGUACCUCGUUGGUCUGUUCGAAGACACCAACUUGUGCGCUAUUCAUGCCAAACGUGUCACCAUCAUGCCCAAGGACAUCCAGCUGGCCCGCCGUAUCCGUGGUGAACGAGCAUAA